CUUCUAGUUCUCAUUCCUUUUUCACGCAUUCUGUCGGCAACAGAAGCGUUGCCAACCACGUUGAGGAUGCAAUUAACCAGCUAUAACAUUGCACUGGGAGACAAUACUAACAAGUUUAAAUAUUCUUUAUUACACACAAGUCUUCAUAAUUGAACUAAAUAGAGUAUAAUAAAUAUUUUUGAUGCUCAAUGAAAUCGUGAAUAUAUACAUACAAAGAAAUAUGUUUUAUAAGGUGCUAUAAAAACGUUAAAUUAUAUUAGUCUUGAUUAAACUAAGAUGGCAACGCGAUUGUUCGCCAAAUAGAAUAAAGAAAAGAAGAAUGACAAAAUAUGCGAAAGCCUGUGUCAAGAGAAUGUGAAAAGAGACUAAACAAAAACGUGCGGAUAUUUUGAGCGGGUUUCAAAAGUAAAUAUUGUGCGCCAAACCCAAAAUAUACCAAUUUUUUAAAACAAGUGCCUAUUGCAUUGAACAAAUUUGUGAUUAGAAAUAAUUAGGAAUUUAAUAUAGUGCAUAUCCUCUCUGAAGAAAAGUUGAAAUGUCCAUAACAAGUGAUACUGCACGCUGUAAUUGCUGCGAUGAAGUCAUGGAAGAGCUUUUAUCAAUGCGCUUAAGUUUCGAGAAAUUAUUUUAUAAACUUCGAAAAGAAAUAGUUGGACUGAAGCGUGAGGUCAUAGAUGUGUUAGUCGGUUCAACAGAAUCAAAGAAUACAUUACUCUUUAGUGAAACAUUAAAUGUACAAGAAUCGGAUAAUGCUAAAUGUAGUGAAAAGUCAACACAUACACUCGAUGUUAGCAUUAGUGACACUGAUACUGAAAGCUUACAAUCGAAGAAAGUAAAAAAAUCCACAGAUUCAGAAGCGAAACCUAAUAACACUAACUUGGAAAGGGUUGAGCCAGGUUUGAUUGUAGCAACAGCGCGACCAGUUUUGGAUUUCUUUAACAUACAAGCCAGAGUUAUGCCCACACAACCAUUUAGAGAUGCGCAACAGUUUGAAGACUGGAAUAUACUUUUAAGAAACGACGAAGAUCAACGAGAUCAAUUGCGUGUGGAAUUGAUGCAGGGCAACUUUAAAGAGCCCGAAAAGUAUGUUAUACAAACUUGGCGUAAUAUCUUCCAUAAUGAUGCUGCCCAUCACUAUUCAUACAGAGGAACUGGCCGGGAUAAACGUGCAAUAAAAGACUAUAUAUUUACAGAUAUUUUUAAAGAGAUAUUUUUACAACGCUUUCACCACAUGGAUGCGGAAUUUUUCAUAGAACGAACCAUGCGUUUCUUUAAAUAUGUGCGCGAUCAAAGGCGUAAAGCUGCACUAAAACAAAGAAAGCUUCAAGAAAAACCAGCUGCAGCACAAAGUGAAGUUGUACAGGAGUCAAUGGAUGACGAAUAAAGGAACGUUAAAAGCAAAUCUUGUCAUAGCAAAAAUAUAUAUGUAUGCAGCUCCUGGUAUUUUUAACACAACAACAUUCAAACCUACCUGAUUUUAAAUGAUAUUACGUAGUAUUUGAAGUAUAUUAUCCGUAUGUGAUUUUUUUGAUAUUUUUUUCAAUAUUUUAUAAAUAAAAUGCAAUAUAUACAUUUCU